CCCGUGGGUGGUGCUUCGGGUCUCGCUGUUGGGGUCUACCUGUGGAUCGUAUGGAAGCAAAGACUCUUGGAAUUGUGACACCCAGAAAACCUGUCUUAUCUGUCAGUGCAAGAAAAAUUAAGGACAAUGCAGCUGAUUGGCACAACUUAAUCCUGAAGUGGGACAGCCUCAGCGAUGCAGGGUUCGCCACCGCAAGCAAUAUUGCCAACCUGAAAGUCAGCCUGCUGAGUAAGGAGAAGGUUGAAUUAGAAAGCAGCAGCCCAGCUGCCGGUGAGGAGGAAGAAAAGACAAAGCUGGAAUAUGACAAGGGACUUGAAGCGCUGUGUGAGGAGCUGCAGGCCACCUUGGAUGGCUUGACUAAAAUACAAAUGAAAAUGGAAAAGCUGUCUUCAACCACCAAGGGAAUUUGUGAGCUAGAAGAUUACCAUUACAGAGAAGAAAGUACCCGGCCCCCUCUGUUCCACACAUGGCCCACGCCCUUCUUUUAUGAGGUCUCCCACCGGCUCUCCAAUGCAUACAAGAAGGAGCUCCUUUUGAAGCAGACCAUUGGCGCAGAGCUGGCCCACACUGCAGACCGCAACCUCAGCCUGACCUACCUGUCCAUGUGGCUGCACCAGCCCUACAUAGAGAGCGACAGCAAGCUCCAGCUAGAGAGCAUGCUGCUGGAAACAGGGCACCGUGCCCUGUGACUCCCUAGACACCAUGGCUGGGAGCUCCAGGCCACUGGCUAGACAGUCACUUGGGCGGGACCUGUUGUGCCCCAGGGCCAGACCAU